CCAUGCUGAAGUCAAACAAGACAAUAGUGAAAGUGGUCCUGGCAGUUCAGUCCGUUGUUUUCAUCUGCUUCCUCUCUCAUCUUCACAGCAGCUAUUCCCCCCAGGAAGAGAAGCCAGCUCAGGUGCACAUCCUCAUUCUCUCCUCCUGGCGGUCAGGAUCUUCCUUCACUGGCCAGCUCUUCAGCCAGCACCCUGAUGUCUUCUACCUUAUGGAGCCUGCCUGGCAUGUGUGGAGAGCCAUGUACCAGAAUAGGGCCAAACCCUUACAGAUGGCAGCACGUGACCUCAUCAGGUCUGUCUUUCUGUGUGACAUGUCUGUGUUUGAUGCCUACAUGUCUACGCAGAGGAAUAAAUCUGAUUUAUUUCAGUGGGAGGCCAGCCGGGCCCUGUGCUCCCCCCCUGCAUGUGACCACUUCCAGCGCAACCACAUCAUUUCCAAAACCGCCUGCAAGACCCUCUGCAGCAGGUACCCAUUCAGCAAGGUGGAGGAGGCUUGCAAGACCUAUAGCCACAUUAUCCUCAAGGAGGUCCGGUUCUUUGAUCUGACAGUUCUCUAUCCCCUUCUCACCGACCCCUCCCUGAAUCUCAAAAUCAUUCACUUGGUUCGCGACCCCAGGGCUGUGUUCCACUCUCGUGAGAAAACAGUGGCUGCUCUGAUGCACGAUAGUAACAUUGUGGUGGGGCCCCAGAAGAACCAAGGGGAGAGGGGGCCCUACAACGUGAUGCAGGAAAUCUGUAAAAGUCACAUCCGGAUUUACACUGAAGGCAGCCAGGCCCUUCCUAGCUUCCUCAAAGGCCGCUACAUGCUGGUGCGCUAUGAAGAUAUUGUCAACGAUCCCCUGGCAAAGGCUGCACAGAUGUAUAAGUUUGCAGAGCUCCAUCUCAUACCCAAACUUCAGGUGUGGGUGUAUAAUAUCACUCAUGGGAAAGGCCUGGGGAUGCAGGCCUUUGACAUCGGCUCCAGAGAUGCAGUGAAUGUGUCCCAGGCCUGGAGGAAGAACCUGCCCUUCCAGAAAAUAGCAAAGUUGCAAAAUGUGUGCAAGGAUGCCAUGGACCUAUUGGGUUAUCGACUAGUGAUGUCCGAGGAAGAACAGAAAGAUAUGGCACUGAACCUGUUAUUUACCCAGGGCCUUCCACCCGGUGACCCAGGGAGCUGAAUGCCGAAAAUUUGCCUCCUGUUUGUCAGCUGAAGGCUGCAGAAUUCAGAACUGUAUGCACAAGUGAAAAUGUGUGUGUGUGUGUGUGUGCAUGCGCAUAUGUGUACAGAGUGAUAAUAGCAGUUGAGAGGGAACAGAACAUCCAAGUAACAGUACCCAAAAGAGUCAGAAAUCUCCCAGAAGGCCAAUUUAAUUAAACACCAAUAAAACCACAAUUAGCAGGUGUAUUCCUGGAGACCAAGAGGCACAGUGAGUGUCAGACACUCAGGCCCCUACCUGUACAAAUUCCAUGUAAAUCCCAGAACUUAUGCAUUUUUACCUAAGGAUUUAGUGGAUUUUCCAGCACUUGAAGUUUUUAAAUCAAGCUUAGUGUCUUUUUAGAAGAGAUGCUCUAGCUCAAUCAUAAAUUAUGGGUUUGUUGCAGGAAUCACUUGAUGAAAUUUUCUGUCCUGUAUUAUGCAGGAGGGCAGCCUGGAUGGCUACAAUGCUCCCUUCUGGCCUUAAACAUCUAGGAAUCUAUGCAAAUAUUAAGAGUCCCAGAACAGGUUUAAAACUCAGGUAACCCAAGUAUCCUUGAUCCACUCAGUUAGUUUUCAUAUCACUGUCAAACUACAUGUAAUCAGGGGAUGGUCCUGCUAUCGUGGUGAAUUUGCCUGGCUUCUAUACUGCCCCAGGGAGAAUUGGAGGUGACAGGUUCUAAGUCGCCACCUCAACAAUAUUUACCAGAUGCCUGCUUAAGCUCGAGAACGCCUCUGCCUUGCUCCCAUCUGACAGAGACCUCGUAACCCCGAUAAGGCUGGGGCCAGGAUCACUGGGGGAUUAACCCCCAGUCUCAUUAUGGGUUGCUCAGGACUGGGGCUAGGGUCUCUCCUCUGUGGGAUACUCUCUCCUCCCCAGCCACUUCCCUGAUCCAGUGAUCAUUGCAUUGAGUUUAAACCACGUACAAUUUAUUAACCAGCAACUGUAAACCAAUCAGGGAAAAAUGGAGAUGGUGAAAGGAUCCAGAAACCAACACAAUGGGCACUGGGACACCAUAAACUACAGUUUCUCUGGGGCUAGUCACAGCCUAUUCCUACACAUCCCAAGUCCUGGCUGCACUGCUGUGACACCAUGGGUCAGACACCUGCCCUGGGGUGAGGGGUGGGGGAUACACGCUCUCAGGCUCCAGGUGGCAGGACGCUUCUUCCCAGCAUCAGCCCUCCCAUUGGGGUCAUGGUCCCUACUCCCAGUCUAGCCUUCAAGGCCCUCUUGUCUGGCACCAUCUCCCUCCACUGAGCCUUCUGCCCAGGGCCCCCCUCACUUUCCCCUCUGUUCACUGUGCUCAGCUCCAGUUUGCUUGUGGCAUGGCCAGCGUCCGUUAUCCUAUCUCUGGCCCCACAAAUUUCUGCUGUAGCUCAGCCCUGGCACCCCACUGGUGCAGCUGGACAGCGCUGCCGCAGCUCUGGCUCCCCUGGCUUUCAUCAUAGAAUCAUAGAAGAUCAGGGUUGGAAGGGACCUCAGGAGGUAUCUAGUCCAACCCACUGCUCAAAGCAGGACCAAUUCCCAGCUAAA